AUGCGCGCCCAUACCACCCGCGCCUUUUCCCCUCUCUACGAUGUAGUCGUUAUCGGCGGCGGCCACGCCGGCUGCGAAGCCGCUGCGGCCGCCGCGCGUACCGGCGCCAGCGUCGCCCUGCUCACGCACAACAUCGCUUCCAUCGGCGCCAUGAGCUGCAACCCGAGCAUUGGCGGCAUCGGCAAGGGCCACUUGGUCCGGGAAAUCGACGCCCUUGACGGCGUCAUGCCGCGUGCCGCAGAUGACGCCGCCAUCCAGUUUCGUACUCUCAACGCGUCGCGAGGGAUUGCCGUUCGUGGCCCGAGGGCGCAGUGCGAUCGCAACCUUUAUGCAAAAGCGGUUCGCCAUAUCCUUCGUUCGUCGCAGCACCGAUCGCUGACGAUUACGGAGGGCUCUGCUGAAAAAUUUACGCUUUCAGACGGCCGCGUGACUGGCGUCCAGCUUGCAUCCAGCCCAAAGGGCAUCCCAGCUGAUCUGCGAGCGGGCGCUGUCAUGUUUAUGGGGAGCAAAACUGAAAUGGGAGGACGCCGUGGUGACAUAUCCGCCGUUGGAAUUGCCGAUGCCUUGCGCUUGAACGGUCUCAAACUCGGGCGGAUGAAGACCGGGACGCCGCCGAGGAUAUAUGCCGAUUCUAUCAACUUUGAGGGAAUUAAGGAAGAGCCUUCCGAUGCUAAUCCCGUACCAUUUUCGUUUCUCACAGAGCCGUCAUCAAUGCUCGUUGGUCGCAAGCUGGUUUCCUGCUUCCAGACGCGAACUUCCAUUGCAACUCACGAUAUUAUCCGGGAAGCCAUGGCAGCCGGCCUUUCGCCCGAAUAUCAUUCGGACAACGCACCACGAUACUGCCCAAGUCUAGAAGCUAAAGUGUCGCGCUUCGGGGAUCGGGAUGGCCAUGUUGUAUGGUUGGAACCGGAGGGGCUGGAUUCAAAUUUGAUUUACCCCGCAGGGAUAUCAAUGUCGUUACCGGAACAAGUGCAACAACGCGUCAUAAACUCGAUUCCUGGCAUGAAGAAGGGUAAAAUUGCCAUUCCAGGAUAUGCCGUAGAGUACGACUAUGUCGAUCCGACGGAGUUGCGACCGAAUCUGGAAUGUCAUCGGCUUCCCGGGCUGUUCCUGGCUGGACAGAUCAACGGAACGACAGGAUAUGAAGAAGCUGCGGCGCAAGGAGUGCUUGCGGGUAUCAAUGCGACGAUGCAUGUGUGGGACAGUCACCCUGACCAACACGGGGCUCUCCACGGCAUGUCGAAUUUUGACUGCCUGACGGAUGGAUAUUUGCGCUUGGGACGUGGGGAUGCGUACAUCGGAGUGCUCUUAGAUGAUUUGACGAGGCUGGGUACGGCAGAGCCGUAUCGGAUGUUGACGUCACGGGCGGAGUUCCGGAUUAGCCUUCGGCCGGAUAACGCGGAUCGGAGGUUGACGCCGAUUGGAAGGGAAGUCGGAUGCGUUACACGGGAGCGAUGGGAGAGCUACAAAAAGAAGCAGAGGAUUGUUGAGGACGCGAGAAACGUGUUACGGAAGACGAAAGCUAGCAGGGUCGAUUUUGGCAGGGUUGGAUUGGAGCGAGUGUUUGAUGGAUGCAAGCGGAGGGGAAACGAAUCGAUGUAUCUUGGAGAUGCUCUUCUACGCAGUGGGGUAUCGUUGCAAGCCGUAGAGUGGGUGGCCCAUCUGGAGGCUGAAUUGCAAUACAAACCGCACAUUGAGAGGCAACGAGUGGAAGUAGAUAAGCUCCGACGCGACGAGGGCCUGAAAGUGAGCAAAGAGUUUGACUACAGACGUGUUCGGGGGUUAUCACUGGAAGACUUUGAAAAGUUGAGCAAGGAAAAGCCGCAAAGCCUGGGAGAGGCGGGACGGAUCUCGGGGGUGACGCCGGCGGGAAUCUUGCUUUUACGGGCGCACGUGCGACGGCAGUUGGGGAAGAGGAAGGGGAAGCGCAAGGGAAAGGAGGAGCGUGAAGUAAUGCAGAUGAAAGACGAAAAAUUGCUAUGGUUGGGCCAUGUGUAA